GAUUUCAUUGGAUUUUGAUAGUCAUUUGCCCCUCGGUUAAUAAAGGCUAUAUCUUCAAUUCAAUCCCAAGCUUUUCUAAUAUCAGCAUUCAGAAAGAUCUAGCAUUAGCAUACAGAGUUGCUUCCGCAAGAAAUGGUGAUGGAAAGCCAAUCACAUGGCAUAAUGUUAAGUGUGCCAGACAAAACGGAAACACAGAAUGCGGAUAUUAUACCAUGCGAUACAUAUGGGAAGUGAUUUCGUAUGUUGAUAGCUUUGAUAUUGGAAAGGAUUGGUAUUCAAGAACUGAGGCAUAUUCUGAAGAUGAGUUUAAUAACAUUCGCAAUAUAUG